GUUAACGAUCGUUCUAGAUACUAUGCACAGCCUCCUGACUGUUCGCUUGCUGGUACUGCUUUCGCUGGCAACACUGUUUGCCGUACGUGGUGAGUUUGUUGCACUGCGCGACGCAUCGACAAGAAAUCGGACGUUACUCUGCUGGGCCAUAAAACUGUCCCCGACGGCGUACGUCACCGAUGCGGACUGUGUUCGGUCAUAUCGAAAGCACCAAAUUGCGAUGAUUUAUGGUGACAUUACACCGGCACCGUACGUACGGGAGCGUUUGGGUCGAAAGGUGGCUAGCUUGCGGCAGCAACCUGCCUGCCAACAUCGUGUACCUUCGCUUGUGCCGGUCAGUGCUUCAGAUGGUAGCAACCGAACCGUGCUUGAUCAAACGGUACGAAACUUUAUCGCUUCCUACGCCCUGUUGUCGACCGCACCGACGAAGACUUGCCGGGAGUGUCAAGUGUUGGCGAUACGAAGGAUUCUUCCCUGUCCGGCCACACCCGAUGGAAGCCAUCGAAACAGCACUUGCAGUGAAGAGCAAGCAACGGCGGGACACUUGGGUCUGGCAGUUCCGACGAAAGCUCCAAGCAACACUGUACGCGGAUCUGGAACGGCAAAGCAGGGAACGGUUGGAGAUGCUCAACUUUAUGGCCGCAGCAAGACGCUGAACCGGUCGUGUAAAAUGUUGCAUUACUGCGGCAAUAAAAAAAAAACAGCCGCUGCUCGUGUUGCAUCCCUUGUUGAGGACGUGCCAUUGAAGGCACGUAUCGUCCUAAAGCGCGAAAGCAGGUGGUUCUGGAGGGGAGUACAACUUCUACCAAACGAGUGGGUUUUGCGUUUUUAUGAGCGACGUACGAAGGAAAGAUUAAGUAAAUAGACACA